CGGUAGGCGGCUCGAGCAGUCCCAGUCAGGUAAAGUCUUUCCUUCCGCGGGGGGCAGAAGGAGCCGCCUGCCGCGUCUUUUUUGCCACGAUGCCCAUGUAUAAGGUGAGGCCCUUUCAAGGGGGGCCCGACUCGGCUGUGCUGGCCGAGCACCUCCCCACUUGCAUGUACCGGGUGCGCAACGUGCACCGUCACCUCCAGGGUGGCGGCAGCGCCGCCGCCACCGUCUCCUCAUCGCCUCAGGAUGAGGUUGAUCCAUCACUUCAGGCACUUGAAUCCCGCCAAGAUGAGAUCUUGAAACGUUUGUAUGAAUUGAAAGCGGCUGUGGAUGGACUCUCAAAGAUGAUUCAAACACCAGAUGCAGACUUUGAUGCAACGAACAUCAUCCAUGCAGAUGAACAUCCUUCUUUAACUGUCAACGCUGCUGACCUGGAUACCUUACUUGGGAAGGACUAUGGUGCUUUGAAGGAUAUUGUGAUCAAUGCCAACCCCUCUCUACCUCCACUGUCACUGCUGGUCCUCCACAGCCUGCUGUGUGAGCGCUACAAAAUAUUAUCUGCUGUUCACACACACUCGUCAGUGAAGUGUGUGCCAGAAAACCUCUUGAAAUGCUUUGGUGAGCAGACAAAGAAGCAAUCACGUAAUGAAUACCAGUUGGGCUUUACACUAAUUUGGAAAGAUGUACCGAAGCCUCAGAUGAAAUUCAGCAUUCAAACCAUGUGUCCCAUUGAAGGAGAAGGGAACAUUGCUAGAUUCUUGUUCUCUUUACUUGGCCAAAAGCACAAUGCGGUUACAGCCACUCUGAUAGACAGCUGGGUAGAUACAGCCAUCUUCCAGCUGAAAGAAGGGAGCAACAAAGAGAAGGCUGCUGUUCUGCGAUCCAUGAACACUGCCCUUGGCAGGACAUCCUGGCUGGUGGGAAGUGAACUGACUGUAGCGGACGUUGUGGCCUGGUGUGCAUUGCAACAGACGGAAAGUACCAACGCUGUCCCCGCCAAUGUGCAGAAAUGGCUCAAGUCUUGUGAGAAUCUGGCACCUUUUAACUCUGCUCUCAAACUACUGAAGUAAAUCUACAUUCUUUAAAAGGGAACAGGUUUAAUAUUUUCACGUGCUUAGCUUAUGAGUGUGGGCCUGGAUCAUAAUGCUCAUCAUAUGAAUUAAAUUUCAGAUCACUGUCUAAAAGGGCAUAGGCCAAUAAAAAUAAUGGAAUUGG